AUGGCGAAGCGAGCAUAUGGCAUCGUGGAAAUGUCAUUCCUUUGGAUUCAACUAGAUGACGGGAAGGAAUCAGAUGGUGUAUUCUUGUACCUUUGGCAGAAAGCAAGGAAUGCAAUGAGCAUUAACAGAGAUCAGAGCCACCGACAGGGCAACCUCUCUCCGCAGGAACACACAGGGGCCAAGGUGAGGAUGACUGAGAUGCUCUAA